AGACAGCAGCAGCACACACACAGCAGCACACAGCAGCAGCAACCCGCCACGCUGUCCGUCAUGGUGCCCGCCGCCUCCUGCUCCCUCGUCGCCCUCCUCGCGCUGCUCGCCGCGGCGAGCGCCAGCGAUGUGCUCGACCUCACGGACGCCGACUUCGCGUCCAGAGUGGCCGGCCACGACAUGGUGCUCGUCGAGUUCUUCGCGCCCUGGUGCGGCCACUGCAAGCGACUUGCCCCCGAGUACGAGAAGGCCGCCACCAAGCUGAAGAACACCGUCGCGCUGGCCAAGGUGGAUUGCACCGCCAACACGGAAACGUGUAACAAGUUUGGCGUGAGUGGCUACCCCACUCUGAAGAUAUUCCGUGACGGCGAGCUGUCCAGCGACUACGAUGGCCCCCGGACUGCUGAUGGCAUCGUUGGCUUCCUGAAGAAGCAAGCCGGCCCCAGCUCUGUGGAACUGAAGACUGUCGAGGACUUGGAGAAGUUUGUUGGGGAUAGCGACCCCAGCAUUUUAGGAUUUUUCAAGGAUGCGAGCGGUGAUGCACAGACGGAGUUCAUGAAGGUGGCGAGCUCGCAGAGGGAUAACUACCGCUUUGCUCACAGCAACGUACAGGCCGUGUUGGACAAGCAGGGCACUGACGAGGCGAUCGUGGUGUUUCGGCCGCUUCGCCUCGCUAGCAAGUUCGAGGAGACGCAGGUGACGUAUGCCGAGGACUCCUACAGCUCUGCCAAGAUCAAGGCCUUCAUCCAGGACAACAUUCUGGGAAUCUGCCCACACCUUACGGAUGACAACAAGGACCUGUUCAAGGGCAAGGACCUGCUGGUGGCUUAUUAUGACGUCGACUACACCAAGAACCCCAAGGGCUCCAACUACUGGAGGAACAGGGUGAUGAAGGUGGCCAAAAAGUUCAUCGAGGAGGGCCACACCUUGAGCUACGCCAUCGCCAACCACAAGGACUUUGGGCAGCAGCUGUCCGACUACGGGCUGGAGCACGUGAGUGGGGACGUGCCCGUGGUUGCCAUCAAGAAGAGCAACGGCGACAAAUACAUCCUGCGCGAGGAGUUCACGCGCGACGGAAAGUCUCUUGAAAACUUCCUGCAGGAUUACUUCGAUGGAAAACUCAAGAAGCACCUCAAGUCUGAGCCCAUCCCCGAGGACAACGAUGGGCCUGUGAAGGUGGUGGUGGCCGAGAUAUUUGACGAGCUGGUGAACGACGAGAGCAAAGACGUGCUGAUUGAGUUCUACGCGCCAUGGUGCGGACACUGCAAGAACCUGGAGCCCAAGUACCUGGAGCUCGCCGAUAAGCUCAAGAACGACCCCAACAUCCUCAUCGCCAAGAUGGACGCCACAGCGAAUGACGUUCCGGCUCAGUAUGAUGUCAGAGGGUUCCCAACUAUAUACUUCUCCCCGAUGGGUAGCAAGGACAGCCCCAAGAAAUACGAGGGGGGCCGCGAGGUGAGCGACUUCAUCAGCUACUUGAAGCGGGAGGCGACCAAGAAGCCCGUGGUCGUGGAAGAGGAGAAGAAGAAAGAGAAAAAGAAGUCCGAUGAUGAGCUUUAAGGUGGCCGUGUAGGGUGGGGGGGGGCGGGCAGCACUUGAUCAUGGGGAUGGGUUUUGCGUGUUGCUUUUUUUUGUAAAAAGCAACAACAUUUAGGUUUUUUUUUUUUUUGGACCAGUCCCCCCGCAGCGUUCACGGCACAUUCCCAGACACUGCGAGUUUUAUUUUGUAAUAUUUUUUUUGUGUUGUCUGUGAUAAUCCAAGGCCAGGCCUUAAAGCCUUUGGAUGUUUUUUUUUGGUUACAUGACGGCAACUUCAUUGGCUCGCCCUGCUGUGUGUAAAGCGCUUGUUUCCCAGGACGGCCUGGCAAUUGUCAGUGCUGAACGCUGCAGCGUAGAUCUAAAGUUGGAGCACACUGAAACGCGCAUGGUAGGGGAUGGCGUAAUUUUUUUACUAGCUGGGGUGGGGGUUGUAGUAUAAGAUUAAUAAAUUGAACUUGCUACGCUCUUCCCUUAACCUUGCCAAGAAAAUGACUGCAACAAAUGUUGGUUUCAGAAUCCCUGUGUGUGCCCCCCCCGGCUGUUCGGUGCAUGUUUUAAACCCACUGAUUAUCUAAAUCACCACUGCUUGUGCUGGAGUCUAGGAGAUGUUACUGUGCCACGGAGAAAUUCCAUCCCUGCGCAGCGCUUUUCAAAAUACUGUUGUCUCUUCAUACUGUCAUCUUCUCAUACUGUCUCGUCUCCAGUUCUCGUUGGAUGGCGCUGGGCCUUGGGGCGUUACAUUUCUUUGUGUGCGGGCGACCGUUGUGAGAUUUGGACCACCUGUGGUGGGUUAACUCGAAGCAAAAUUGCUUUGGGAACCGGUUUUCCACAAAUGUGAAGUACCCACCGCCAAUUUCAAACGGCAGUGUAACUCAUUAUAAUGGUCAUGCAUAUAAUUACGGAACAAUAUAUUUUGCUUUGUUUAUCCACCCAAGCCCAUCUGAUAUUGCUUUAAUGAGAGGGUGGGAAGGCUUUCCGUGGUACAAACGUCUUGUGCUGCUAACGCCAAGAAUCCAAGUGGCUUCUUGGCAUGACCUACCAGCCCCCGAAGGAAAUGUUGUCGAUGCACUGCUCUGGGGUACAGGUGCGAUGCGGGCAUUUAGUGGUUCUAAAACUCUGCGCAAAUGUUUUCAACAAUUAAAAUUCGCACCAACAGUAUUCCAUCAUGGGUGUGAAACCUGCUUUUGAGAGUGUGGCCUGUUUUAGUGCCCUUUAUAACAGAUGUUUCACUGCCACGUAAUGCCUUACAACUUCAUUUACCCAAACAAGACCCUAGAAAUUCCUUUAUUUCGAUUUCGACGCUGUAAAUGGGGGGGGGGUGAUUUAAAUUCCUUUACAUUGAAAACUGAGUGGAGUGCUUGCAUUCCUGUUGUCACGAUGGCUCUGGCUUGAGGGAGUUGUGCAGGUUUGCAGUGUGGAUGUUCUCUGGGCGAGGCUUCAAAAUAAAAUGAACAAUGUGUGCGUUGCACUGACGUGAA